UCCGCCGCCCCCCCGGCAGCCCAUGCCCGGCGCCGCCGAGCUGGAGGAGCGAUUCGGCCGCGUCCUGAAUUCCAUGAACCUUCCCCCGGACAAGAUGAAGCUGCUUAACCAGUAUGACAACGAGAAGAAGUGGGAGCUGAUCUGUGACCAGGAGCGUUUCCAGGUGAAGAACCCUCCGUCCGCCUACAUCCAGAAGCUGAAGAGCUACUUGGACACGGGUGGUGUCAGCAGGAAGUUCAAGAGGCGAGUGCAGGAGUCGACUCAGGUGCUCCGGGAGCUGGAGAUUUCCCUGAGGACCAACUACAUCGGCUGGGUCCAGGAAUUCCUCAACGAGGAGAACAAGGGGCUGGACGUGCUGCUGGAGUACCUCGCCUUUGCCCAGUGCUCUGUCGCGUAUGACAUGGAGAGCACAGAGAACAGCCCCGGCUCUGACAAGGGCAAGGAGCGGUCGCUGGAAGACCUGAAUAAAAGCACCUCCUCAUCCCCCACGCAGGGCUCCUCCAAAACGCGGCCUCUCACUGUAAGGCUGAACCCCUCGCACAGCAGGAAGACGCUGCGCAACUCGCGGCUCGUGAGCCAGAAGGACGAUGUCCAUGUGUGCAUCAUGUGCCUCCGCGCCAUCAUGAACUACCAGUCUGGCUUCAGCCUGGUGAUGAACCACCCAGCCUGUGUCAACGAGAUCACCCUGAGCCUCAACAACAAGAGCGCCAGGACCAAGGCUCUGGUGCUGGAGCUGCUGGCCGCUGUCUGCCUGGUCCGAGGUGGCCACGACAUCAUCCUGGCUGCCUUCGACAACUUCAAGGAGGUCUGUGGGGAGAAGAACCGCUUCGAGAAGCUGAUGGAGUAUUUCCGAAAUGAGGACACCAACAUUGACUUCAUGGUGGCCUGCAUGCAGUUCAUCAACAUCGUGGUGCACUCGGUGGAGAACAUGAACUUCCGCGUGUUCCUGCAGUACGAGUUCACCCACCUGGGGCUGGACCAGUACCUGGAGACUCUGCGCCUCACCGAGAGCGACAAGCUGCAGGUGCAGAUCCAAGCCUACCUGGACAAUGUCUUUGACGUGGGGGCCAUGCUGGAGGACUCGGAGACCAAGACGGCGGUGCUGGAGCACAUGGAGGAGCUGCAGGAGCACGUCAGCCAGUUGACGGAGAAGCUGCAGGAUGCGGAGAACGACUCCAUGGCCAAGAUAGCGGAGCUGGAGAAGCAGCUGAGCCAGGCACGGCGGGAGCUGGAGGCGCUGCGGGAGCAGCUGAGCCCCCCGCGGCCGCCCAGCCCGCCGUCCCCCCAGCCCCAGGAGUGCUACCGGCUGGCGCUGGAGCGGCGGCUGGCGGAGCUCGAGGAGAAGGGGCUGGUGCAGAUCCUGCGUGGGCCCGACGGAGACGUCGCCAUCGAAAUUGUCCCCGUUGUCAUAGAAACCCCCGCAGCCCCCGUGGUUUCUGGAGAGGGCACCGCCACCACCGACACUCCAGCUCCACCUCCCGCACCAGCACCUGCUGCCCCCCCGCCCCCACCCCCUCCACCGCCCCCAGCCGGGCCGGGUGCCCCCCCCACUGCCAACGGUUCAGGUGAGUGUGGCCCAAGGAUGGUGGGGAUGUUCCCUGGGAGGGGUCUGGGGGCACCCGUGUCCCUCCCCCCUCCCCAUGACCCUGCAGUGAAGGUGAAGAAGCCGAUCCAGACCAAGUUCCGCAUGCCCGUCUUCAACUGGGUGGCGCUGAAGCCGAGCCAGAUCGACGGCACCGUCUUCACCGAGCUCAAUGACGAGAAGGUGCUGCAGGAGCUGGACAUGAGUGACUUUGAGGAGCAGUUCAAGACCAAGGCGCAGGGCCCUGCCCUGGACAUCAGUGCCCUCAAGGCCAAGGCCACGCAGAAGGCCCCCAGCAAGGUGACCCUCAUGGAGUCCAACCGGGCCAAGAACUUGGCCAUCACCCUGCGCAAGGGCGGCCGCAGCGUCCAGGACAUCUGCACGGCCAUCGAGACGUACGACCAGCAAGCCCUGAGCCUUGACUUCCUGGAGCUGCUGCUGCGCUUCCUGCCCACCGAGUACGAGCGGACCCUGAUUGGGAAGUUCGAGCGGGACCAGCAGCCGCCAGAGGAGCUCUCGGACGAGGACCAGUUCAUGAUCCGCUUCAGCAAGAUCCCCCGGCUGGCCGAGCGCAUGAACGUCAUGAUCUUCCUGGGCAGCUUCAGCGACACAGCGCAGCUGCUCAUGCCGCAACUCAACGCCAUCAUCGCCGCCUCCAUGUCCCUCAAGUCUUCCAGCAAACUGCGCCACAUCCUCGAGAUCGUCCUGGCCUUCGGGAACUACAUGAACAGCAGCAAGCGUGGAGCUGCCUACGGCUUCCGGCUGCAGAGCCUUGAUGCGCUCCUGGAGAUGAAGUCCACAGACCGCAAGCAGACGCUGCUCCAUUACCUGGUGCGGGUGAUCAUGGAGAAGUACCCGGAGCUCACCGGCUUCCACACCGAGCUGCACUUCCUCGACAAGGCAGGCACAGUGUCCCUGGAUGGUGUCCUGCAAGACGUGCGGAGCCUGCAGCAGGGCAUGGAGCUGACCCGCAGGGAGUUCAUGAGACAGGACGACAGCCCCGUGCUCAAGGACUUCCUCAAGGUCAACUCGGAGGUGAUGGAGAAGCUGCAGGCUGACAGCAAAACCGCCAAGGAAGCAUAUGAGUCAGCUGUGGAGUAUUUUGGGGAGAACUCCAAGACCAGUCCCCCCACCACGUUCUUCCCCAUGUUCAUGCGCUUCAUCAAAGCCUACAAGCAAGCAGAGCAGGACAUCGAGCUGUGGAAGAAACAAGAGGCUGCAGCCAAAGAGGCAGAAUCCUGUUCCCCUGGCAGUGAGCAGCAGCCCGAGCUGCCUGUCCAGAAGGCCAGGAGGCAGCAGAUGGACAUGAUUGCUGAGCUGAAGAAGAGGCAGAUGGUGAAGGAGCCGCUCAUCUACGAAGGCAAAGAUGGGGCCAUCGAGGAUAUAAUUUCAGAUCUGCGGAACAACCCGUACCGGCGGGGGGACAAGGCCCGCGGCAGCGCCAAGAAACGGGCGGCGGGGCAGAGCCUGCAGGCGACGCCGGACAUCGCGCUGUGA